AUGUCUGGGAUUAACAAUUUCCAAACGCUGCUUGACCAGCAGGUCGGCACGCUCCCAAUCCGAUCGUGGCCAGCAGUAACAGACAGGCCGAAAAAGCAGAGACCUAUACCCAUUAGCUCCCUGCGCUUCCAGGGCGCUGCCUGGGCUACUGCUGGUGGAAGCAUGUACGCGACUUUGCAUGGUGUCUAUAGGAUUUUUCGAAAUUUCCGCGGAUUCAAAUAUAUCUGA